AUGCUGCAUAUAUACAUGUACGAUCAAGGUUCUAUAUUUCCUUCACAAUCUUAGACACAUACAGGUGUGCAAAACGACAACAUAAAUGCAAACAUGCAUACGAUAACACAUGGCGAGACAGGACAGUCAACACACUGAUGCAUAGCAAACUUCAGUAACCAAUGAUACAGUUAGUUAGUUAGAAUGGCAACAUUAGUUUCCUUUCCGGUUAAAAAGUCCCAAUGGAGAAUGCUUUCGUAUAUAAUCCUGCAUAUUUUUACUGUUCGAUGUAUUCAAGGUUCAACUGAUUUUUUGUACUGCCCAAGCUUGUCCAAUUUAGACUGUUUGAAGCCUGACAACAAUUGGCUCAAAAUAAAACAUUGCAUCUGCAGUUGUGCUGAGGCUAGACUAGAAACACGGCAGUAUAUUAAACUAGACUUUAGGCAGUGUGAUAUUUUUAUGAAGUGCAACUGGGCUUUACAUUUCACAAUUGACGUUUUUAACAGAAGCGCGACUAUUUUAUAUACUAAACAGCAAAAGGUGAAUCAGAAUUUGGAGUUCCUGCUUAUACCUGUUAAUCUACGCCAAGAAGAAGAGUAUGUUAUUGAGAUGAGGACAAGAUGUGAUGUAUGUGACGACUCUUGUUCAAUAUAUCAAAUAGAGGUGCCAGUAAUGAAAUCUGUAACCAUUUCUACAGUACAGAACAAUACAUCACCAUCUGUCAAUAUGAUUCUAGUAUAUGCUGUAACUGUGCCUAGUAUCAUUGCAAUUUUGACACUUCUUAUCUUUAUUGUUUGUCAAAAGAAAAAUGAUGGAGUACAGAGAAGUUUUAUCCAAAACAACCACCAAGCAGAGCAUGUUUGACAUUGACAAAUGUUAUUGAUAUUUAUAACCACAAACACAACAAAUGACGUAGACGUCAAAGCAGGUGCUAACAGAAAUCGUUUCAUUAUAAAAGUGAAACUGAAGAACCUGUAAACUGAUCCGAAGAAACACCAUUAUACCAUAAUUACUAUUAAUGAAAUGGAAGCAGCUGCAUUUAAAUGAGUACUAUCGACAGAGUACUAACGGCAUAACACUAAAAUUGUAAGAACAAUUAUCAACAUAAAAUAUAUUGAUAGUAGCAAAAUAUAAAGAUGCAACUAAUUUAAAAGUAAUGAUAACGAAUGAUACUUAGAAAAAUAUAUCAAAAUAUCUAGCUAAAAUCUACUAGAUUAACUGCCAGUUGGGUUAAGAAUUUUGUCAUAAAUUCAUAAUUCUAAAAGAUUGUUGAAGCAAUUGUAAUUGAAAAAAAAAUGGUAUACUGUACCAAAUUAUGAAUAUGACAGUCGUUUUCUCGACUUUCCGUUGGUUGGUAUAGUCGAGAGUUUGGUUUUGUCUGGUUUAAUGAAUUUCCCCCUUUUUGAAUUUACUUUGGAGUUCGGUGUUUUUGUUUAAUUUUGUUAAUAUAUUUUUCACUAUAUUAAAUGGUCACUCGUUUUAAAUGUAAGACCAUAUACAAUAAAAUUUUUCACUGUGAAAAUGUAGAAAGAAUUACUAUGUAUAAUACAAUGAAAUAUUUGUAAUCAUUAAAACAGGAUCAUAAAUGAAUUUUUGAAGAUGACCUAUAAUUUUAGAUAUUUUGGACAAGUACUAAUGCAUACGUUGAUCAAAAAUUUUAUUCAAUUAUGUUUAUAAUUAUAAAUAAAUGAAUAUAAAAUAAAUAUGUAAAUUGAUAAACGCACAUAAAUUGAUAAGAUAUCGGGUGGACACACAUCAUUUGGUAAACUUCAAUAUUAAGGAAGUAUAGCAGUGCAAGGUGAAAUAUAAUAUGAUAAUGUAAAACUCACUAAAGAUACCUGCGGCCUAUAAUUUGGUAUGCCAGACACGCGUUUCGUCUACAUAAGACUCAUCAGGGGAAUGAAAAGAGUAGAUAUUUUACAAACAGCUCACGUCAAACAAAAUAAAGUGAGUGAAUUGAGAAGGUAAUCAUCAGACCUGCAGGUAUGUAGGUACAAUUGGCCAUGCGAUUCUAAAGUCAAAUGCAUAUAUCAUGGCAAAUCCGGUUAUAAAGUCAAAUGAAUGAUAGUGGAUCUAUUAUAGAGUUAACAUGUCACUAGUAAAUUAAAAAAAAAAACUAAUUAUGGAACAGUCACUACUUUUAUACCUUUUACUUUAACUUUUGCCAAUUUGGGGAUUACGUUGUUCUAAUUUCCUUUGCCUAUAUUCUGGUUAUUUUGUUUUUAUCACUUUUGUCUUUAUGUACUUUGUAUAUUUAUUUACUAUUUGCUUGGUGAACUUAGACAUUUUUCUUUUAGUCAACAUAAAACAAAACAUCUGAUAACAUUUUUAUGCUGAAUAUUCUUUGUUUGAAGUAAUAUGGCUGUUACCUUGAUACACUUGAUGUCAUGUCAUUUAUACUUGCUUGCUAAACAAAUAAAAAUUCAGAUAUA